GGAACGGGAUGUGGUCACAAAAUUCACAGAAUUCUGUAUCACAAUUGGUUUUGAGUCAACAACAACCAGCAGCUUAAAUCCACAGCAAUACUAAAUUACAAAUACAAACAAAUUAAAAACCUACCAAACUCUUAGUAAAAAUACCAAAAAUCACAAACAAUGACCGAACUCACUGAAGAGCAGAUUGCAGAGUUCAAGGAGGCUUUCGCCCUGUUUGACAAGGAUGGCACUGGGUCCAUCACCACCCGCGAGUUGGGCAUCCUGAUGCGGUCCCUGGGCCAGAACCCCACCGAGGCCGAGCUUCAGGAUCUGGUGAACGAGGUCGACAUCGAUGGCAAUGGCGAGAUCGACUUCAACGAGUUCUGCCAGAUGAUGAACAAGCAGAAACGGGAAUCUGACACGGAGGAGGAGAUGCGAGAGGCUUUCCAGAUCUUUGACCGCGACCACGACGGCUUCAUAUCGCCGGCAGAGCUCCGUUUCGCGAUGAUCAACCUGGGUGAGAAGGUCACUGAGGAGGAGAUCGACGAUAUGGUACGCGAGGCUGACUUCGAUGGGGACGGCCUGAUAAACUACGAGGAGUUUGUUUGGAUGAUCAACCAGAAGUAGGCACCCUGAAACAAAGUACAGACACACACCGAACAUUUCGAAACAUUAAAGCAUUUCCUGUGGAUUGAGGCAAAACUCUUGAAA